AUGACAUCUCUUUUACAAAAAAUCAUCCAGAUAGGUCUCGGGAUUGUCUCGCAAUUCAUCCGGCGAACAACGCAAUUGCUCAAAUGGCCAUCUAGUGCUUCAACUCCUGUAUGCGGAUCGAAUGGCGGUCUUGGAAUCCACCACAUUGCUUUGUGGGGAAAAUUCGUGCAGUGUCCCUUAGAUCUGGCUAAUAAUGAUAGAGAAGAUGAAAACCAUGUUGCCUUCGACACGUAUUUAUUCCCACUUCAUGCUGCUGCCGUGCUUGCUACUGGCAAAUACCCUCUCCUUCGUAGGAAACGGAUAACAUUGUGCCUCAACGAUAAUCAAUUCCGUGGUAUGAGGAUGUUUUUAGAAACCGGGUUAGUACUAUUUGCUCAACAGGCCAAGUUUGCUUCACGCCGAACCUCAUGUAUAGCAGACGAUGCCCUCUUAUCCGUUUAG